AGCAGCAGAAAUCAGCAGCCAUGGACAUGCAGAAAAGCUCAGUCCUGAAAGAAGGUUUUUUGGUGAAGAGGGGUCACGUGGUUCACAACUGGAAGGUUCGGUGGUUCGUCCUGAAAGCCAAACAGCUGCUCUACUACAGAUAUGAAGGGGGGAAACGGGACUCGUGCCACCGAGGGAGCGUCCCGUUACACGGCUGUGAGAUCACCUGUCCUUACCUGGAAUACGAAAACAGACCGCUGGUCCUGAGACUGAAGACCAACACUUCGGAGGAGUACUUCCUGGAGGCGUGUUCUCGGGACGAGCGAGACGAGUGGGCCGCAGAGAUCGUUGCAGCCGUGAGAAGACUCAGCCCCGGUGAUGUUCAAGCUCCUUCUCCUGCUGAACCGAAAUCUUCACGGCCGCUGCAGCUCCACAGCGUGAACCUCAGUCAGGUGGUGGACUCCAUGUAUGAUGUUCACAGUGGCAUUAAGAUGAGCAGCCAUGUGGAGCAUGGCAGCACCUACAUCAACUGCUUCUCAGGCUCGACAGUAGUGGACUGGCUGGUGUUCUCUCAGCUGGCUCUGACUCGGGUGGAGGCUGUGACUCUGGCGUCGGCUCUGCUCGAUGAAGGCUGUGUGAGAGCUGUCGGCGUGAAGAGUGUCGCCGCCAUGAGGAGCGCCGCUCUUGGAGAACAGUUCCUCGACGAUUCUACAGCUCUCUACAGCUUCGCUGAGAGCUUGAAGAAGAGGGGGAGUGUGAAGUCAGAGAAGUCCGUGUCUGCGGUCGAGCUGAGUGGAAGAGUGCAGAAAAGAGGAUACCUGGUCAAACAGGGACACAACGUGAAGAACUGGAAGGUGCGACUCUUCGUACUGAGGUCGGAACCAGGUUUCCUGCACUACUACGACCCAAGCAAGGAUGACAUCACUCCGGCCGGCGGGUUCUCUUUACGUGGUUGCCUGGUUUCUUCUCUGGAUGACAAUGGCGUACCCUCAGGCGUGAAAGGUAAAGUCCAGGGGAACCUGUUUAAGAUCAUCACUCAGACGGACAGACAUUACUUCAUCCAGGCUCCCACACACCAGGAGAAGAUGGAGUGGAUCGAAGCCAUCAAGCAGCAAACAUAAAGACGCGGUUAGCCUCAGAAACAGCUGACGUGAAACGUGCGGUGCGGUGAAGCCUUUCACACCUGGAUUGUGUCCUGAUUAUUACAAACCCCAGUAUAAUCUUCAGCAUGAAUUCAGAAGCAUGAGCUUCACCGCGUUGUUGGACGACACUCACGAUGACGGUGGAUGAAAAUGCGAAAUAUCGUUAUUUCAAAACGACAAAACUAUUUCACAUUUAAAAUGGAUUCGAUCUAUAAAACUCAAUCAGCUCUGCACCAGCUUGCAGCUCCAUGCUGAUGGGCUUUGUUCAUUGUGUUCUUGAGAACACAAAUAAAACAGCAGCCACCUUUCACGUUUCUCAGCGUUCAGAUUGUGGACCUUCAUGCACUUGGGGAGCAGGAGUGCUCUGAAGGCCACGAUGAAGCUCAUCCUGCUGGCAGGACGUUCACUUCAUCACACUCCCCUCCCUUUCACAGUCGCUUGCAGCUAGACGUUUGUGAAAUCCAUGACACACUGCCUUCAGUUGUUUCUUUCACUUUCUUUAAAUUAUUCUCACUCGAAGCACUUUGCUCUCUUCUGUAAAAGUCCUUGAAUGUUUGCUUUAUGUACAGUGAUACUUGUUUUAUACCAAGCUGAACUUUUAGUGUUCAUUAAAUAUUUUUAUCAGCUUUUAUACCA